UUUCAGAUUAAGGAAGAAAUAUAUCCGGGCUCUAUUGUAAGCAUCUUACGUAUAACCGAAGUGCGCCGUGAGAAUGUCGGGGUGGUACGAUGCACAGCCAGAACCAUCUCCGGUACCACUGUGGGUUCCACCAAGAUCGACAGUCAGUCCGACUGCGAUCGUCGUCGCGCAGAGUUGCAACUGCAGCAGCAGUACCGCGAGCAGCGCGUCAAAGUGGUACCACCGGAUAGUCGUACCGAGCACCAACCGGAGCCGGCCAUCAGACGCGAGUGCAAGCUGGUUGAUACACAACCGAAUUAUUCACGCGGAAAGCAAGCGGUGAGUUGCAUAACUGAGCUGGCGUUGAUCGAAGACGAAAACAAUAUGGAGGAGGCCGAAGAACCGGCAAUGGUCGUUCGCGGUCCCCAGGACACAACGGCACUUGUAGGAGAUAGGGUACUACUCAAAGCCACCUAUGCAGGAAGACCUGAACCUACCAUUCGAUGGACAAGAGCGGUAAG